UGACGUAAUGCCAUACUAUUUAUGAGCCUGCCGUACUCGCAUAGACUCAGACGGUGUUUGCUAACUUCACAGACGAAAUGGCUCGGCCAAUAAUCCGAACGUGUUGUUGUUGUGAUCUGCGUACAGGAGCAAUUCUUAUAGCUUUAUUUUCUAUGGGGAUUGCUGGUAUUAAUAUUUACAAUGGAAUGAAAGCUGUUUGGAAUUUAGAAGCAGCUGAAUCCAAAAUUAAACACCAUGGUAUCCAAGAUGACCUACCAAUCCCCUGGAAGUACUAUGAUGAUACUAUCAACCUUGGCUGGUCAAAUGUGGCAUUUUCUGCCUCCAGUAUAUUUGCAGGGAUCGUUUUACUUGUUGGAGCUAUCCAGCGGCAUGUCUGGAAGCUGAAUGCCUGGCUUGUUUGGACAGCAAUUGUUUUGCUCUAUCACCUUGCUGUCUCAAUCUUCUUUCUAUCCAUUUGGAAAGGGGUUCCAUUAUUCAUGUAUGGACUCAUAGUUGAUCUGGUCAUUGCAGUUUACUUUCUCCUUGUUGUGUACUCUUUCAAGCAGCAAAUCCUUGAACAAGAGCAGAAUCCUAAUGCUGGUCUGCAUAUGCAGGGUGUCGUUAUCGCUAUGCCCCCUGGCUCAAAUCCAGCACUAAUGCAGACCUACCCCAGCAACUAUCCAUCACAAUACCCUCCACCAUACAACCAGCUGGGUGCAGGGGCAGUGCCUCCACCCUACUCUACCCAGACGCCACCUCCUUACAACACACAACAAGCUCCAGAGGCACCACAGAAAGUCAGGCUUUAUUGAGCGCAACCAUUUGGCAUCUUAGGGGUUAGUACGUCAUGUAUUCCAUGAACUGGUGCUCCCUAGCCCUAACCAAACAUGAAGUACUGACUACAAGUUAUAGCAUAAAGUACCGACUGUGGGAUCUUACAUGACAGGACAAGAACAUUUGUUCGCUUUAUUCAGGGGAUAGCAUAGGGUCCCCUAUAUUCCAUUAAUAAAUGUGUGGUAGGUGCAUGCAUUUAAAGAGGUUCCUUGUUUAGUGGGUUAGAGCAGGGCUCUGAGACACAAGUAUGGGUAUUUUGGGAAAUAAUGUGAAACCUGGAGAUUCACCAUAGCACCUUUUUAAAAUUUGCACGUUAAGUUUUUAAUAUUAAAAGUGAACAUCUUUGAAAAGAUAUCCUUUAGAAUAUCUCAGAAAAGUCAAAUUAAUUAAAGAUUGCUGAACCAAAAAAAAUUUUGUAAAAAGGAGGAUAGCAAAAUUAUUUAGCAUGAAACUGUAAAAUUUUCAGUUCAACUGUCGAACUUAUAUUGUAAAUAAAGUAAUCAACAUUUUA